CUCAUGUCUUUCCUUUCCUUUUUAUUUCCUUUUAUUUCCUUUCUUUUAUUUUUAGCGCGGCGCAACGUCCUUUUCACUCCUUUUAUACGGAGAGGUGAUUUUCAGCAAGGGAGGUUGGAGUUGCACCGCUUUUGAAAAAACUGAAUAGGCGUCAUGAGAUACCCACGGUCACGGGCGAAACUAAUGGAGUUUUAGGAUUCGAUAUGCAGCGUUUACGUUUUCCUUUUACUGUACUGCGGCGAAAGCCAGCUUUUGUUUUACCUAUCAAUGUAAAAUAGUGUCUCUCCAAUUCCCCAGAUUUUUUUGUCCCACAGACAGAAAAAGAUACAACAAAACGGAGCUAAAUAAAAAUCUUACCAAAACUGCCGCACAAAAUAGCCCCAAAGUGAUUCGUCCGAUAGCGGCCCCACAUCGCCAAAAUGGCGUCAACUUGCAGCAACUACAUGCUCGCCGGCCUCAACUGCGCCAACAAUGUCCAUCUCAUCAUCGGCACAAACCCCCUCGCCGCAGCACGAUGCUCCCAGUCUCUCGGCGCCGGCGCGCAUCCCGUGCUGAUUGCGCCGGAAACAGCAGAGCUGCAUUAUAGCCUGCAGCGCAGAGUCGACGACGGCAGCGUCAAGUGGGUGCGCGCGGCGUUUAGGGACGAGCAUCUCUUUGAGCUGGGCAGGGAAGAGGUGGGAAGAGUCGUCGAUGCCGUCUUUGUGACGUCGGGGUCGAGGGAAGGGCUUGGCUCUCACGUCGCCUCGCUCUGCAAGGCCAGCCGCAUCCCCGUCAACGUCGUCGACGCCCCCCAUCUCUGCACCUUCUCCCUGCUCUCCACCCACAGCGACGGCCCCCUCCAGAUCGGCGUCACCACAAACGGCCGCGGCUGCAAGCUCGCCUCUCGCAUCCGCCGCGAAAUCGCCUCCUCGCUGCCGCCCAACCUGGGCGCCGCAUGCGAUCGCUUCGGCGAGGCACGGCGGCGCAUCCAGCAGUACGACAGAGCAAACGGCCUGUCCAGCUCCGCGACGCUUGGAGAGCUCGACGACUCGGUUGACCAGAGCGCGCUGUUCAACAGGCUCGUCACCGAGGAAGAUGCGCGCAACAGGCGCAUCCGCUGGCUCAGCCAGGUCUGCGAGUACUGGCCCCUGAAGAAGCUCGCCUCCGUCAGCGACGACGACGUCCACCGCCUGCUCGAGGCCUACGCCGUCACCGCAGAGGAAGACGUCGCAAAGCGCAUCCGGGGCGGCGACGGCGACGGCGACGGCAGCCCAUCUCGGCCGCUUGGCAAGAUCAUCCUCGCCGGCAGCGGGCCCGGCCACCCAGACCUGCUGACGCGCGCAACCUACAACGCCAUCCAGGCCGCCGACCUCAUCCUGGCCGACAAGCUCGUGCCCUCGGGCGUGCUGGAUCUGAUCCCGCGCCGCACGCCCGUCGAGAUUGCCCGCAAGUUCCCCGGCAACGCCGAGCAGGCCCAGGAGGAGCUGCUGGCCGCCGCCCUCGCCGCCGCAAAGGCCGGCAAGACGGUCCUCCGCCUCAAGCAGGGCGACCCCUUCAUCUACGGCCGCGGCGGCGAGGAGCUGGCCUACUUCCGCCAAAACGGCUUCUCCGCCGCCGGCGCCGUCACCGUCCUGCCGGGCGUCACCAGCGCCCUGAGCGCGCCCCUAUUCGCCGCCAUCCCCGCCACCCAGCGCGACGUCGCCGACCAGGUCCUCGUCUGCACCGGCACCGGCAAGAAGGGCAAGGCCCCCGAGCCGCCGGAAUACGUCCCCUCGCGCACCGUCGUCUUCCUCAUGGCCCUCCACCGCAUCGUCGGCCUGGUCGCAGAACUCACCACGCCCGUCGAAAACGACCACUCGUCAGAAACCACCGCCCCUUCAACAAGACCCCUCUGGCCCCUUUCCACCCCCUGCGCCGUCAUCGAACGCGCCAGCUGCCCCGACCAGCGCGUCAUCCGCACCACUCUCGCCCACGUCGCCGAGGCCAUCGAGACAGAGGGCAGUCGCCCGCCCGGCCUCCUCGUCGUGGGCCGCUCAUGCGAGUUUUUGCACCCCAGGGAGAAGGGCAGGGCGUGGACCGUCGAGGAAGGCUUCAGGGGGAGGGUUGAAGGCGCAACUGCCAAGAUCGAUCUGCAUGACGGCGUUUCGUUGAUUUUUGUGUGUGGUGCAUAAAGACUGACAAUCACACCACAGGCUGGCUGUUUGGUUUAGCUGUUUUGAUUUAGAAGCGGGACAUGGCAGGGCACUAUUUUUGUAUAUUUCAAGGAAUAUCUGAUACAAAUAAAUAUUCAUCGCAAGAGAAACAAGUAACAUGAAGCAUUUCUAGUCCAUCUACAUGGCAAAUAAUAGCUGAUGUUUCAUCUUUUACAAGUUUAUAGUCAAGGAAUGUUGAAUCACGA